AUGGCCCCACCUAAAACCACACUUAAUUUCAAGAAGCACCAAUUCAGAAUGGCGAUGCUCUCACAGACAAUAAAAGCAUUAGCAUUCAAGACAAGAAAAUUAUUCCAAAAGGGUGAUCAAGUUGAUGUGGCAAGUCAAGAAUAUGGCUUCAUAGGCUCUUACUACACCGCAACUAUUGUUUCUUUCGAUUGCACUAAUUUUCAGUACAGAGUCAAGUACAAGACUCUGUUGACUGAUGAUAAGUCUGCGCCAUUAGAGGAGACUGUCACUGCCGCCGAGGUCCGCCCUCUGCCACCUGAUAAAAAUGAAACUACGCCAGAAAACGACUUUCACAUGUACGAUAUGGUUGAUGUAUUUGACAACGAUGGCUGGUGGAUUGGAUUUAUAUAUUGGAAAAUUGGAACAAAGUGCUAUGUCUACUUUCCUACUACUGGGGAUAAAAUUGCAUAUCCUUCUCAUGUGUUGAGAUUUCAUCAAGAAUGGUCUAAUGGCAUGUGGAAUUCUUCCAAUAAAAGGGAGGAUGUUGACUUAUAUUGA